CUUCCUGCCUCCUACUUCGCCUACCGCAAGCAGCAGCACAGGUGGAGCUGCGGCCCCGUGCAGCUCUGGAGGCGCUCAAGCGCCGCCAUCUGGGCCUCUAAACUCCCCUUCCUACGCAAGGUGGAGCUCAACUUCCUGACCUUCUUCCUGCGAAAGGUCGCCUGCCACAUGGUGGCCCUUCUCUUCUUCUGCACGCUCGUCCCUCUGUCCAUAUUCACGCCAGAGGUCUCCAUCCCGCUGUGGGCUUUGGUCCAUCUACCCGUGAGCGUCACCGUUACGACAGCAAUCUUCUCCCCAAAGGAGUGGUACUACGUUGUCGUUAUGGUGCUGUUCGAGAACGCCAUGAGCAUAGUGAAGCUUUGGGCUGUUGUGAACGGUGCCUUCGAUCUGCAGCGCGCCAACGAGUGGGUGGUGACCUCAAAGAAGGGAAGCGGCGGCAGCGACAAGCUGAAGCGCCUGAAGGCGAUCUACUCGACGUGCCGUGCGUACACAUCCGAGAUGCUCAUGGGCAUCUUCACACUGAGCGCCGGCGUCUUUGCCAUCUUCUACGUGCACCGCAUAACUUUCUCCAUCUUCCUGUUGCUUCAAGGCUUCGUAUUCAUCGCCUUUGGCCUCAACUUGGUCGACGGCGGCAACAUCCUGGGGAGGCCCCUGAGGUGUUGGGGCGCCUGCUGCGGAUGGAGGCACAAGGGCGAGAAGACGAAGGGGAAGGAAGUUGCGGACGGG